AUGGAGGCGGCUGUGGGCUCGGGUUACCGUGUGGUCGCCGGCCGGAGCCUGGAGUUGGCGCUGCGGCCGCCCCUGCGGACCAGGUGGGGCGGCGCCGAGGCGCGGCCUGGCGCGGGCUCUUCAGGUGGGGGGAGACAAAGCCGGGCCCGGGGCCGGGCCGCCGCGCGCCCCUGUCCCCCGCGGGAAGUUCGCCGAGGACACGUGUGGAGCGAGAGCGAGGACUGCCUGCCUUUCUUGCAGCUGGCACAGGAUUACAUCUCCUCCUGCGGCAAGAAGACGCUCCACGAAGUCCUGGAAAAAGUCUUCAAGUCUUUCAGACCUUUACUGGGGCUUCCGGAUGCAGACGAUGAUGCGUUUGAAGAAUACAGUGCAGACGUGGAAGAGGAGGAGCCAGAGGCAGACCACCCCCAAAUGGGGGUCAGCCAGCAGUAACCUUCCGAGGGCUCCCACCUGAAAAGGAGAGUGAACCCCCUGGUACCUGAGGUGGGGUCGCGUGCUCCUGGGUUAGCAUUUUGCAUUAGCACUUCGAAACAGGACGUCUGACUCCCAGCAUCCAAAUUAAAACUAAGUACCUUUUUAUUGACCGCAAAAUAUCUGGGAUGAGCUUUGCUCAGAAGUGACCUGAAUUUUACUCCCAUUUCGGUGGGUUUCUAUGGGGUUGUCUCAGUAGCCUUUGCCAUUUUGCAUUUAGAGUCCAUUUUGUGGCUGACUGUUCUCUCUUGAGUUUGUGUUAGAGAACUAGCAUUCGCUGACUCGAAUGUAGAGAACUCUGAAUGUAUUAAAGAUAUGUUUUGAGUCCUCACAGGUGACAUUACUGAGGGAAAGCAUGACAGAGAAGAAAUGCAGUCUGCACUUUUUAUGUACUUUUUAAGUGUCCAUAAGUGAAGGAAUUUGCUUAAAAAGCAUGAGUUUUAAUAUCUAGUCAUUAAACUGCACAAGUGCAAAUACAAGGGCAGAAAAGGAUAAUCACUUAGCUUUGGAUGAAGGGGGACGAGAGGCAGAGAAGCCUUUGUUGAAGUGUUCUGCCAAUACUAAGUUACCUGGAUAGAUAGCAACUGGUUCAUGGUUAGUAUAAACAUUACUUGCAUGUUCAAUUAUUUUAAAACAUGCUAAUUCGAAAGCCACUUUUAAAAUCUAAUAGUGGAAAAUAUCAAUGGGGUGACAUAAAUGAUUGAUUUCUUUAAAAUGUCUAGAAACCGUCCCACAUAGGAAAUGAAACAUUUACGUUCUCUCUUUAUAACCAGAUGGCAACUUGUUAAAUCAUGAAAACAUUCAGAAUCCAAGUGCCACUUAAACUUUUGAAGCCAUAGGUAAAUUUAAUGGGGGAAAUAAACCAGGAUAAAAAUUUUUUAAACAUAUGAUGGAAUCCUUCUUUACUUUCUUAAUUUGUCUCUUAUUCUUUAAAAAAAAAAAA